AUGUGGAAAAGUGAUGGAUGCGGCGGCGCGGCGCCUUUAAGAGCGGGGCCGGGCGGACGGCGCGCCGCCCCGGGAGCUCCCGGCGGAGGGGAGGCCGGGACCGGGAGCGGGACCGGGACCGGGAGCUGCCGAGCGGAGCCCCCAGCGCUGCGGGGCCGGCAGGGCACCAUCCGGGGGCCGGGGGUAGCGGAGGGCGGGGGGCUGAGCCCGGGGGUGCAGGAAGGGGGCGGCGUGGCGCCGGGGGUGCAGGAAGCGGGGGGUUUGGCGGAGGGCGUGCAGGAAGCGGGGCUGGGAGCGCAGGGCCAGGAGCUGGUGGCCGGCGGGAGGGAGGCGGAGAGCGGCGGGGCCGGGGGCGGCGCGGGGCGGCCGGGGCAGUGGCAGCGGGUGGCGCUGGGGGUGCGGGUGGGGCUGCAGGAGCGGGGAGAGCGGGCGGCCCCCGCCGUGGGCGUUAAGGCGGCGCGGAGACCCCGCGAGCAGUGGGGGAACGGGGCGCGGAGGGCGGCGCGGGGCGCGGAGGGCGGCAGCCCCGGGGCGCGGCGGGGGAGGGCGGGCGGGCGGGGGGUGCAGGAGCGCGGCCCCAAAGCGCGGCAGGAGCAGGGCCUGAGCCGCCGGGCGCAGCAGGAGCGCGGGCAGCGCGGGGAGGGGGGCAGCCCCCCGGGCAGAGCCCGCUGGUGGGCCAGGAGGGGGCGGCAGGAGGAGGGCGAGGCGCUGCGCGGGGUGCAGGAGGAGGGUGAGCGGUACCGCGGGGAGCAGGAGCAGCCCCCCGGCACGUGGCCGCCCCGGAGGCGCGAGGCCGGCGUGUGA